AUGGGUCCCGCUGGCCGAAUUGACUUAGAUGGUAGGCCUCUCAAGUCCGACCGGGACCAAUUGGUUGAGUAUAUCUCCCUGAGUCCUGCGAGGGGAAUUGAUAGAUUUGUCUACGUGCAUAUGACAUUGCCCCAUGAGUAUCGGGUUUGCGUUCUCAAGUUGAGUGUAUUUCCCUUUGUUUUGCGAGGAAUGUGUCUCAAGCCGACCAUGGGUCCACUGAGUAAUGCGAGAAAUGCGUCUCGGGCUGACCUAGUGUCUCCCGAGUUUUGCGAGGAUGUAUCACAUGUGUGGGCUGGCCAGGAUCUCUACCCACCUGCCCGACUUGUCUACACAGGUGGUUAG